GUCGGCUAGAGUGGCCGGAAGUGGGGUGAUGUGGAGGACCGGAAGUUGAGGGGGUGUCAUGGCGGUGCCCCAAGAGGAAGGGGGGACCAGGGGGGCGCCGCGUCGGGCCUCCUCCGGGGAAGCAGCAGGACGGUGGGUUUAGCCGCUGGCGGCUGCGCCCGGAGACCCGUUCAUCGCUCUAAGUAACCUGCUCGAAUGUGUCGUGAGUUCGCCGAAGGGACGCGGUCGGAGCCGCCUGCGCUGUGCUGACGAUGGACGAGGAGAGCCUGGAGGCCGCCAUCCACAGCUACGGCGCCCAGCUGCAGCAGGUGGAGCGGGCCCUGGGGGCCGGCCUCGACCCCUCGCAGCACGCUGACUUGAUUCAGCUGCAGGAAGACCUAAAGCAGCUGAUAGAACUGACUGAAUCUAGCCUGGUGUCUAUUAAAAAGAGCAAACUUCUGGCUACGUUAGAUCCGAGCGCAUCCUCCUCCUCCCCUGUAGGCCCCCUCGAGCGGGAGGCCAACCUAGACAGUUCCACCCAAGAUGAGGAAUAUGCUGCUUUUAAAGAAGCCAUUGCUGAGCUUGGAACUGAGCACAAACCUCCAGCUACUAACGUUGAGCUAUCAUCAAAGAGAGAGGAACAAACUGAUGAGAAAAGUGAAUCAAAGUACAGUGAAGAGGAGGAGGAGGAGGAGGAGGAGUCUGACAGAGAGGAGGAGGAGUUGAGUGGGAUGAAGGUUAAAGCCCCAUACUACAGUUCUUGGGGGACCCUGGAGUACCAUAAUGCCAUGAUUGUGGGCACAGAAUACUUGGAAGAUGGCAGUGCAGGAGUCAGAGUGCUGUAUCUCUAUCCAACGCACAAGUCUUUGAAGCCGUGUCCAUUCUUCUUGGAUGACAAAUGCAGAUUUAAAGAGAACUGUCGGUUUUCCCAUGGGCAAGUGGUGUCUGUGGAAGAGCUUCAGCCAUUUCAGGAGCCCAAUCUGAGCACUCUGGAGGUGGGCUCGGCUUGCCUAGCAAAACACAGUGAUGGAAUAUGGUACACUGCAAAAAUAACUGACAUCGACAGUGGCUACUACACUGUGAAGUUUGAUUCCCUUCUGCUGAAGGAAGCUGUUGUAGAAGGAGACGGUAUCAUUCCCCCGUUACGAAGCGAAGAUGGCGCCUCCUCUGCUGAAUCUGAUGAAGAUAGCGUUGAUGAUUCUGGCUACGCUAAAGUGAUAGAUUCAGCCAUCCCAGAGAACGGGGAAUGGACUCCAGCUUGCAGUUCCUCUUUCGGUGGCUGGGAAGCCCAUACUCGUGGAAUUGGCUCCAAACUGCUUGCUCAGAUGGGAUAUGAAUUUGGAAAAGGUUUAGGGAAGAAUUCUGAGGGACGCGUGGAGCCGGUGCAGGCCGUAGUGCUUCCUCGAGGGAAGUCCCUUGACCAGUGUGCUGAGGUGCUUCAGAAGAAGAAACAGGGGAAGCUGGACCCAGGCAAACCAAGAAAAUGCCAAGGAAAGGGAAACAGUGCUGGCCGGUCCCCUGCGGGCAGCCGUAAGCCUUCCCGCAAUGUGUUUGACUUUUUGAAUGAGAAACUGCGGGGGAAGAGCACUGGAGAGAAGGCUGGAGGGACAGCGUUGCCGCAGAGGAACAGCAAAGAGAUCUACCAUGCUAGCAAGAGCACCAAGAAGGCCCUGAGCGUCCGCCUCUUCCAGACAAUGGAAAAGAUUGAACAAACGCAGAAGGAUAUCAGAGGAAUCCAGCAGGCCUUGGCACGCAACAUUGGACGGCACAGCGUUGCUACAGCUCAGCUGGAGGAGAAACUGGCUAAUGCUCACAAGCAGCUGGGGCAGCUGCAGGCCCAGGAAGCCAGUCUGCAGCGGGAGCAGAAGAAAGCAGACACACACAAAAAAAUGACUGAGUUCUAGUCUCUCUGAGGAAGGCGUUGGACUGCAGCGGUCGUCCUUCUAGGCAGGCCCCGCGCUCAGCCUCAGAGCCUGGGUGAGCCAUCCCACUCCUCUGGACCUCAGUCUGUCCAGCUUGAAAACUGGGCUGAAAAGCAGCAGUUUCCAAAACUAGAUGCUACUGAGCUGAGCUCUGCUGGGACGGGGAAGAGUAUAUGUCUGUCUAGCCCUGAAAGCAUUCAGUAAGCCUAAGCCUUGUAUAAGGACUGGCUGCAAGAAAUACGAUUCCCUGCUCUCCUGCGCACGUCUUUCCUCUGUUAUCACUGUGGUAGUGCCUCCAUUCAGUCUGUAGUCGCUUGGGUGGUAACGUUGCUGGCUGUGCACCAGCCGAGGAGGGGCUUUGAAAGCCCCACAUCCUGCCAUCAACUGUGGCUUGUCUCCGCAGCAGCCAACUGAACGCCUGCAAGUGGGGGCAGGGUCCCAGGCACGUUCCGGCAGAGCAGAAAGGGCAGGUACUAGUGCCGGGUGACAAAAGCAACGGCAGAUUGCUUCAACGGCUCUCUCCCGUCCGUUCUGUGCUAGGGGAUUUAUGUGGGAUCUUAGUUAGGUUGAGAGUAGUUACUUGCAGUCCUGGUAUAACGAAUAGACAGAAAACUGGCAGCGUGGAGGUGGGUACGAGCAGUCUCAAGCAACGUAUUUCUUCAGUCAGACUGUAAGAGUAUCCCUAGGCCAUGUUAUGGCCAAACCCAUUGAUUUGGCAUAGAAAGUUGCAUCAUUCCACAAGCAACAUGCCAAAACUGGGGGAAUAAGACGGAAGAGUAACAGAGUCUCAGCUUCUAGCUAGGAACAACUCUGUGGGGAACCUUAUGCUUCUGCCAUCAUUACUUGAGUUUUUCUGUCCUAGGUGGCUCGUUGAACACGGGUUCCUUUUAGAUUAAAAAACCCUCAGGACCCAAUCCUGGGUCCGAAUGGGCCUUGGAUGAGUACAAAGCUCAGGAGGUCUGUGCUGAGCACGCAGCCCUGCCGGUGGAAGAGCUUCAGGCUACGCUGGAGGCCGGCCAAGCAAGCAAAACGCCCUUCCCUGCAGCAUGAACAGUCCUCAGACAGGAAGGAUAACUUCUCCCCUAGGUUAUGUGCUGCGUUGGUGGCAGCCAGCCUUUGCCCCAGAGGAGAUGGUGGUUCCAUCAGACUCUGUUUCUGGUGGGACUUGUUUUUGUUAGAAAUUUCACUAUUUUCAGUAUCUUAAGGAUACUGAAUGCAUUUUUUUCCUUAAGUUAAAAAAAAAUCAGAUCCCUUUUAUUCUGUGAAUCAUUUUUCUAAUGAAGAGUUUUGCUCUUUUCAUGCUACUCUUUUUAUCUAUUUCUAAGAAAAUUAAAAAAGUUGUUACUCUGGGCAGGGCUUCCCCUUCUUACAAGGGCCAAGCCUGUCUGAUUCACUGCUGAGCUAAUCAGAAAAUCUAAGGCUGAAGGAGAUACGAUCAGGGUUGUUAAGUCAUGUGUGAUUUAGCAUUACUGCAGACAGCUCAGAAACCACAGAGCAACAGUGAAAUGAAGCAAGAAGAGAAAUGUCUUCAAGAAAUCUGUUAUAGUGACUCUUUCCUCCUGGAAAGCACUUGGAUUCUGCUGUGUUGGGCACCGAAGUUCCAGCUUCACGGCAGAUGUAGAAGGUGACGUGGACUGCCUUGAGCGUAUCAGCAUCCAUCGGUUUCUAACUAAACUGGCCAUACCCUUUUCAUUGUUCUGAAUUCAUGUUCUCCACGCACUGGGUUUAGCUCGAGGGUUUAACAAUGGUUGUUCAGUGCCCUUCCCUCCCCAAUGACUGUUUCCCAUGCUCGAGUGUUGAGUGAUGACAGGGAUUAACGUGCCCAACUUAGCAUGGGUGCUUGCUGAAGUGACCCAUGGCUGGUGAGCCGAGCUGGGCAGAGAAAUUUUUUAGCUUUGCUUUGUGUUCUCACACUACUUUACAUGUCUUUUUUUACUUUGUAAUACUUGGGCGUAUUAGUCCUGUGUCCUGGCUAAGUUGCAUUUUGACCCCUCCUCGAAACUCCCACAGCUUCGGUUGUCAGACUUCCUGUUCAAGUGGCUGCUGCAUCCCGCCCAAGACAGUUUAUGUCCCUGGUGAAUAAAGUCUUUUUUUCUCUA